GCAAAACAUCUCGCGAAGUAAACAUUCACGUGUUGUUACGCUGUUAACACACUACCUAGUCAACGAAACAGCGAAAAUGAGGGAGAAAAAGACUAAAGAGACGACACAGAUAACCCAUGACCCUGUAAAGAAUUUUGAGAAAUGGAAAAAGAAAUACAACAAAACAAAGGAGCGAGUCAAACGAGUUCGAAAGACGACUAAUAAACGCGACUAUGAGGUGGAGAGAGAAGACAUACAGAAGCUGGUGAAUAAAUACUCGCAGAUCAAUCCCAAAGAGGCUGUGAAGUUCUCUGAUUUUCCAAUCUCAAAGAAGACUCUGCAUGGUCUUCGGGAGGCUCAGUAUAGGCAGCCCACAGAGAUUCAGAGGCAGACGAUUGGCUUUGCUUUGCAGGGGAGAGAUGUUCUUGGUGCUGCAAAGACGGGCUCUGGAAAGACUUUGGCCUUCCUCAUCCCGAUUUUGGAGUGCUUGUAUCGUGAACAGUGGACUGCGAUGGAUGGCCUCGGCGCUCUCAUCAUCUCACCCACCCGAGAGCUGGCCUAUCAGACCUUUGAGGUGUUGAGGAAGGUCGGCAAGCACCAUGAGUUUUCUGCCGGUCUUGUGAUUGGUGGAAAGGAUCUGAAAGAUGAAUCGGAAAAGAUCCAUCGGACAAAUAUCAUUAUCUGCACCCCAGGACGUCUGCUGCAGCACAUGGAUGAGACGGCCACCUUUCAUGCUUCAGAUCUGCACAUGCUAGUACUUGAUGAAGCCGACAGAAUUCUGGACAUGGGUUUCGCCGACACACUCAACGCCAUUGUUGAAAACCUUCCCAAAACACGGCAGACCCUUCUCUUCUCUGCCACUCAAACCAAGUCCGUCAAAGAUCUGGCCAGACUGAGCCUGAAGAACCCAGAGUAUGUGUGGGUCCAUGAGCAAGCCAAGUUCAGCACUCCAGCCACUCUGGAACAGAACUAUGUUGUGUGUGAGCUGCACCAGAAAGUCAACAUGCUCUUUUCGUUUUUGAAGAGUCAUCUUAAGAAGAAGAUCAUAGUCUUUUUUGCCUGCUGCAAAGAGGUUCAGUAUCUGUUCCGGGUCUUCUGUCGGUUGCGUCCGGGUAUGUCCGUACUUGCUUUGCACGGCAAACAGCACCAGAUGAAGAGAAUGGAGGUUUAUAAUGACUUUGUCGGCAAGACCUCAGCCGUCCUUUUUGCUACAGACAUCGCUGCAAGAGGACUUGACUUCCCUGCAGUGAACUGGGUGCUGCAGUUCGACUGUCCUGAAGAUGCAAACACAUAUAUUCACAGAGUUGGCAGAACAGCCAGGUAUAAAGAAGGAGGCGAAGCUCUUCUUGUCCUAUUGCCCUCAGAGGAGAAGGGCAUGAUUGCACAGCUUCAAGAGAAGAAAGUUCCCAUUAAUAAGAUCGAGGUUAACCCAGAGAAGUUGGUGUCCGUCCAGCAGAAGUUGGAGGCUUUCCUGGCACAGGAGAAUGAGCAGAAGGAACGAGCACAGAGGUGUUUUGUGUCCUACCUCCGCUCCGUCUAUCUGAUGAAGAACAAAGACAUCUUUGAUGUUUUCCAGCUCAAACUCCCAGAAUAUGCCAUGUCACUGGGUUUGGCGGUGGCGCCGAGGGUCCGUUUCCUUAGCAAGGCCCAGCAACGGAUAAGUGGAGCGGCACAGGACGAUGGCGGAGCUGCAGGAAACGAGUCUGAAGAUGAGCUGAAGAGUUUCAAAGCCCAACUCAAAGGAGAGCAGUCUAAAUCUCAGUCCUCACAGUCUGAUGAUGAUGAUGAUGAUGAUGAUGAUGAUGAUGAUGAUGACGAUGACGAUGACGAUGAUGAUAAUGAAGAGGAAGAAGAUGAGGCCAAGCACGAGAAGACAUCAAAGCCUGGAGCUCUGCUAUGUGGCUUUAAUGAAGAAGAUGAGGAUGACCAGAAUGAUCUGGACUUACUGACUGUCAAGCGUAAAGAUGUGUUCAAUAUCAAUAAAGAGAGCGGGGAUGAUGAGGACACAGACGAUAAGGCCAAGAAUAAGAACCAAAAGGAUUCCAGAUUCAAAGAUGCAAAGAAAAUACAGAAGAAGAACUUCAAGGUCAACUCUAAGAAGGUCUUCAAUGAGGAUGGAGAGGUGGUGCAGCAGUGGCCUCCAUUGCAAAGGACCAUGGUACCAGAUGACGAAGAGGACGAGGAGACGUCUGGCAUUAACGUGGAAGCUGCCAAAGAGCGGCUCCGCAAGGAAGACCAGGAGUUCGACAAGAUUGAGUAUCGUCGUAAAGUCAAGGAGAAACACAGGGAGAAAAGACUGAAGGAGAAAGCAGCUCGAAGGGAUGCAAGCAAACAGCAUAAAGAGGAGAAAAAGAAAGCUGAUGAUGACGAAGACGACGAUGAGGCAGUAGCAUAUCUGUCAGGUGCCGAUGAAGAUUUUGACCCCAGCACACUUCCAGACCCAGACAAAGUGUGCAACGAGUCCUCCGACGAGGAGGAGGAAGAAGGCGAUUCAUCAGACCACGGUGGCAGGAAGAGAAGUUUCAGCAGCGGCAGCAGUGAGGAUGAUGAUAGCGAUGAUGAAGUACAGCAAACACAGGUGGGCAGGAAGAAGCCCAGGAAGGAGUCUGCAAUAGCUCCUCUGGACACUGGCCUCUCGCUGGCCGAAGACGAGGAGCUCGUGUUGCAUUUACUGGGCAGUCACAGCUAGUUCCUUCGGAAAAAGGUUCCUGUACCCACCUUCCCCUCCAGAGUUUCUUAUUCCUUGUACUUGUAUGUUGAGUUUAUAAAAUGCCCCUUGACUAAUAAAAUUUCUCCUGAUUGUGAAGACAACUUUAAGAUUCAUUGCCACACAUAUCUUUAUGUGAUUUAUUGUGUGAGAGAGCAGGAUAUAAUUUCCUUUUCUGCCUCUUCCCUUCUUUACAUCCUCAAGACAGGAAUUGAAUUCUCAUGCGGCGUCUUGCCAGACAGCCUCAAAUUACCUAAAAACUCCUGUUUUGCAGUGAAGCAAAAAAAGCAGCGCAGCUGAUGUCAAUCCUGAUAGAGAACCACUGUGAAGUCCCAGGUGCCAUCUCUAACCUAUUACUGUUAAACUGCUCUCAUUAUUUCUGGUUUGAAUAUUGCCUUCCUGUCACAUUGAACCGUCACUUAAUGUGUGAUUUACUCUCCCUCAUUUCUGUGGCGGAAAUAGAAAUGGAGGGUUCUCGAAGAAAACUUUGGUUUUGCGACUAUUGCCUCUUAUUCAACACAAAUCCAUCUUUCUGAAUUGUCUGGUUGUCUGCACUUAGCUGGCUCGUGUCUGGUGGGGGAUUGGAUUGGUUUUAUAUAUAGGCACAGUUUAACACCAGCAUAACUUCUCAUUGUGCAAUGGUGACCUUAUCCAACCCUGGUUUUAUCAGAUCCGUUAACAGCUUCUCGAAGUGUUCUCGAGAUUUAAUCAUUCGCCCACUCUCAUUUAGCAGCUGGUUUUCCGUAAUGACAUGGCUUACAAUGCACAUUAUGUUAUUACAGCCACUGUUCAACACAAAGUACACCACCAUUCAAAAGUUUGGGAUCAGUAAGAUUUUUAAUGUUUAUUAAAGAUGUUUCAUAUGCUAAUCGAGGUUGCAUUUAUUUGAUCAAAAAUACAGAACAAAAAAAAUUUGUGAAAUAUAUUGCAAUUUAAAACAACAGUUUUCUCCUUCUACAGCUUUAAAGCUACAACCACCAAACUCGGGUCAGACCUUCAGACUGGUCUGAAGUUAGUUCCUAUAUCUUUUCUAACUGAUCCGGCUCACGGUUUUAGAAAACCAGACUAUCAAAACCACAUAAAAUCCCAUAGACUUUCAUUGAAGGGGUGAAACCUUUUGUACAAAGAGAACUAUGGUGCAUCUAAGCUGUUUAUUGCUAUAGCAAAGCUUAACAACUCCCUACUUAAAAAAAAAACAGCUAAAACCAGCCUAAGCUUUGGCUGCUCUCCCAGGCUGGCUUUAAAGUGGUUUUGGACACUUUUUAGCUGGUCAGGCUGGUCUUAGCUGGCCAAGCUGGGAGACCUGCUAAAAGACCAGCAAGGUUAAACCAGCUAAAACUAGACAGCCGACCAGAUUUUUACUGAAUCAACUGGUUUUAGCUGGUUUAAACAUGUUAAUCAUGUUAGCAACAUGCUAGUAACUUGCUAAUCAUGCUAACAACACGUUAGUAACACGCUAAUCAUGUUAGAAACGUGAUAGCAACAUGUUAAUCAUACUAACAACAUGCUAGAAAAGUUAAUCAUGCUAAAAACAAGUUACCGACAUGCAAAUCAUGCUAACAACAUGCUGCUAAUAUGUUAAUCAUGUAACAUGUUAAUCAUGCUAGUAACUUGCUAAUCAUGUAAGCAACAUUCUAGUAACCCAUUAAUCAGGCUAUAAACAUGCUAGUAACAUGUUAAUUAUGUUAACAACAUGCUAGUAAAUUGUUAAUCUUCCUAAAAUCAUGUUAACUUGAUAAUCAUGCUAGCAACAAGCUAGUAACAUGUUAAUCAUGCUAGUAAGAUGCUAGUAACUUGAUAAUCAUGCUAGCGACAUCUUAGUAUCUUGCUAAUCAUGUUAGCAACAUUCUAGUAACUUGUUAAUCACGUUAACAACAUGCUACCAGCAAGCUAGUCAUGUUAGAAACAUGCUAGUAACUUGUUAAUCUUGUUAGAAUCAUGUUAUUAACUUGAUAAUCAUGCUAAUAACAUGCUAAUCAUGAGAAAACAGGCUAACAAUAUGUUAAAUCAUGCAAGCAAUGUGCUAAAUCAUGAUAGCAACAUCAACUUUUACAGCUACUUCAAAAUUGCAAAACUCAAAAUUUGUUCUCAAACUUUACUCAUCUAGUUUAUUUCUGUGAUCAAAGCACAUUUUUCAGCAUCAUUACUCCAGUCUUCAGUGUCACAUGAUCCGUCAGAAAUUAGUGUUGGAAACCUGUGAUACCUGUUUCAGGAUUCUUUGAUAAAUACAAAGAAAGCAUUUAUUAAAAAUAGAAAUGUUUUGUAUUUAUAUCUAUAAUGUUUUUACUGUCAUUUUGUUUUUUUGUUUUUUUUUAUCAAUUUAACACAUCCUUUUUGAUUAAAAGUAUUAAUUUAUUUUUAAAAAAGACCCCUUACCUUUGAAUGGUAGUGUGUAUAUAUAGUUACAAAUAUAGUUACAAAAGAAUUAUUUUUUUAAAAUAAAUGCUAUUUAUUUAAGAACCCCAAAAAAGAAAUAUUUAGUAGUACAAUUUUUUUUUCAACAUUGAUGAUAAUUUAUCAUAAUAGAAUGAUUUCUGAAGGAUCAUGUGACACUGAAGGCUGGAGUAAAAGAAAAUUUACAUGUGAUCACAGAAAUAAAUUCUAAUUUAAAGUAUAUUAAAACAGAAAAUAGUUAUUUUAAAUUGCAAUAAUAUUUCACAAUUUUCUGUAUUUUUGAUCAAAUAAAUGCAGCCUUGAUUAGCAUACGAAAUAUCUUUACAAAACACAAAAAAUCUUUUGAAUGCCGGUGUAUGUUAAACAGUGGCUGUAAUAACAUAAUGUGCACUGAAAACCU